AUGGCCUCCCAAGUGUGUCAGAACUACCACAAGGACUGUGAGGAUGCUGUUAAUAAGCAGAUCAACCUGGAGCUCUAUUCCUCCUAUGUUUACCUCUCCAUGUCCUCUCACUUUGACCGGGAUGAUGUUGCCCUGCGUCACUUUGCUGAGUUCUUCAAGGAGCAGUCCCAUGAGGAACGGGAACACGCUAGGAAACUGAUGGCAUUCCAGAAUAAACGUGGAGGCCGAGUCCUCCUGCAGGAUGUCAAGAAGCCAGAGCAGGAUGAAUGGGGCAAUGGUCUGGAGGCAAUGCAGAGAGCUCUGCAGAUGGAGAAGGAUGUGAACCAGAGUCUGCUGGAUCUGCACAAACUCUCCUCUGACCACAUGGACCCUCACCUGUGUGACUUCCUGGAGAGGCACUACUUGGAUGAGCAAGUGAAGAUGAUCAAGAAGCUGGGAGAUCACAUCACCAAUCUGAAGAGACUGGGAGCCCCUGAGAAUGGCCUGGGAGAGUACCUGUUUGACAGGCUCACCCUGAGCUGA